ACCAAAAUGAAUCCUGCUGGAUUAGUCAUUGGUCAUCUUAAGAAAAAUAUACGUCCUGAUUUUUUGACUCAGGCUUGGUGUAAGUUCUAUGAAAUCUUAGGUAAUUCUACUUUGAUUACUCAAGAACAUACAUCCAAAGCUAAUUUCAACUCUGUACAUCUCUGUGAAGCUCCCGGAGCAUUUAUUUCUGCGCUGAACCAUUACAUAUCACUAAAUCAUCGUAAUUUAAAUUUCGAUUGGUUGGCCAUGACACUUAACCCGUACCAUGAAUCCAAUGGCCAACCUGAAAUUAUUACUGAUGACCGCUUAAUAUUAAACACAUUAGACAAAUGGGAAUUCGGUCCGGACUAUACUGGUGACAUAUUUCAACCGAAGUAUCACGAACACUUAUUGCAGACGGUUUCUAAAAGAUUUAUAGACGGCGUAAGUUUGGUAACGGCCGAUGGAAGUAUAGAUUGUCAAAAUAAUCCAAAUGAACAAGAAUGUACUGUCAUGCGUUUACAUAAUUAUGAGGUAAUGGUAGGUUUGAACAUAUUAAAAGACAGAGGAUCAUUUGUAUUAAAAACGUUUACGAUAUUCGAAUGUAACACAAUUUGUAGAAUAUAUUUGCUUUGUUGUCUAUUUAAAUCUGUCGAAAUUCAGAAACCAGCCACUAGUAAGUCCGGAAAUUCAGAAAUAUAUAUCGUAUGCAAAGAUUACAAAGGUAGAAAAUUUGCAGAGCCUUUCAUUCAGUCGUUUUUUGAAAGUGAAAACCACGAAAACGCAAUGUUUCCUCUUAGACAAAUACCCAGGACUUUUAUUGACGAAAUAUUCAAGUGUUCAAGUUAUUUUUCCAACUUACAAAUAAGAACUAUCGAGAGAAACAUUAGGUCGUGGUUUUUAAAGGCCGAGUAUUAUAAUGAAAUGAAGGAAAUUCAAAGUUAUGUGUGCAAAGAGUUUAUCAAAAGGUACAAUUUAAAACCGAUUCGUGAAGACCAAACUCUUAUAUCAAAAAACGUAUCCAAAAAGUAUAAUAAGAAGACAUUUGACGUCUCGUAUGCGGAAAAGAUGAGCCGUCGAGACUUAAGCCUUAGAGAAGAAGCUGAAAUAUU